UCACAAUGUUUGGCACGAAGGACCCUCGACCACAAAGCUUGAGGUUCAGCAAUCAACCGCCAGCCUACCUUUGCUAAAAAGGCCUUUCCAAAUACUAUUUAUAAAAUACUUGUAUUAUCUUAAGAGAUUUUUUUUACCUUUUUUUUUAAGUUCUUAUAUGUCCGAAAAUCACUUUCUUUCUCUCUCUUAAAAAUUCUCCCUCCUUCUUCCUCCUUUUUGGUACCCACUGCAUUAAAGCGAGUGACACAACCAACAGAAUAAACAAAAAAGAAAAAAAAAAAAAAAGAAAGAAAAAAAAAAGGUGAUUGCAUAACAAAAAGUGAGAAAGGAAGAGCGAGCUCUGUACCAUUUCUUGCUGACUCCCUGAGUCAACUCGUCUUCCAACUCUCUCAACUCACUCACUUUCUUCUUUCAAACCCUCAAUUUGUUGCACCCCAUUUUUCUGCAAAUUCAUAGAUUAAUGAAGAACAAAAACCAGCUUAAUAAUUAUUACAUUUUAGAAUAUAAGCUCUUCACGGCUUGUGGCUGUAUCUUCUGCUGAUAAAGUUGACAUUAUGUGUCCUGCAUUGCUGAUAAUUAGUAAGGGAUUGUUGCACUUAAUAUAAACAGUGGGUGACAGAGCUAGACGAUUCUUGGGGAAGAUAUGUGAACCACAGAAACAUGGAAUGGAGCUAAGAGGAUUUUUUUUUCUGAAUUUAUACUAUAUUAGUUAAUCGCCGCCAUAAGGGAUGAUAGAAAAAGCAGUGGUCAGAAUUCAGACAGAAAAUACUACUGCUGAAAACGAUAUGCUGUCAUCAUAGCUUUUGACUUGGUUGGGGGUUGAAACAUUCAAUAAAAACUACGAUCAGCAUGUCAUAUCCUGGGUCACAACAUCAAUUUGGACUCAGUGACUUGCAACUUCUACAGCAGCAGCUUAUGCUUGCAAGGUUACAAGAACUUCAGAAGCAGCAGCAAUUUGGACAGUUGGGUGAUGGAAAGCCAUCAAGUUCUUCGAAUAUGCCUCUGUAUGCUAAACACACUGCAGGUGGUCAAAUCCCUAGUGGAGUAGCUUUUAAUGCAUCAAAUAUGGUUGCUUCCAGUAAUCUGAACUGGAUGCAUCACAAUGGGUCUUCAUCCAUGCAAGGAAUAAACAGAGGUUCUGCCUAUUCCCAUGGUGAAGGACUAAUGAUGAAUUCUGCUUUGCAACAGCCUGAUCAUUCUUAUUACGGAACACCUAUAUCCAGUGGGCGAGACAAUUUGGGACAUUACUCUUCUCUGCAAGGAGUACCUUAUAGCUCUGUCUAUACGCUGUCUGUUAAUUCAAAUGAGAAGCUCGUCUCACCAUCAUCAGCAUUUUCUAAUCUGUUCAUGGGUGAUAAGUCUUCUGCUUCUCCAGGUCAAGGUCAUUCCAUAGAUGAGUCUUUUAUGCUAAGGCAAGGGGUGCAGGAAAAAGGUUUAGCUGGUCAAGCGUCUGCUCAAAUGGUAAGUAGUGGAAUGUCUUUGAAAAAUUUCCCGCCGGUAAAGGUAAAUGCCUCACCGAAAGCAUACGACAGAGCAGAUGGACAACUUAAUGUUUCUAGAUUCUUGCAUGAACAAACCAAACAAACUAAUGAUUCUGAAGGUACGGCUACAUUGGAUCCUCUAGAAGAGAAGAUCUUGUUUGAUACAGAAGACAACGGUUGGGACACUUCUUUCAGCAAGCUUGCUUCCAUAGACUCUACUGACCUUAUGGAUGCUUCGAGUCAUAAAAACUAUAUGGAUUCAUAUUCUUCUAUUCAUAGUGGAAGCUGGAGUGCUCUUAUGCAGUCUGCUGUUGCCGAGGCUUCUAGCAGUGACACUGGUAUCCAAGAAGAGUUGAGUGGUUUAAGUUUCCAGAAUUCUGAUUCAUGCAUUAGAAAGCAACCUACAAAUCUCACGUCAAAUGAUCAGCAGCAUGGUAGAUGGAUAGAUAGUGAAUUGAAGAGCUCUUCAAAUAAUCCGAGAGCUCCCCUGUCAUCUGUUGAUUCAGUGCUUAUAAACGGGUCUGUUCCAGCCGAACACCCACUAAAUCAUUGGACUGUCAUGAUCGACAAGAAUUCUAGAGAUCUUUCUCAGGGGAGUAGGACUUCUGCUCUUUCAAUGUCAGGAAUGAUCAGGAAUGAUUUUGAUAGUCAUAGUUACGUGCCUGUCAACAAUGAUACUGAUCAGAAAGACUACAUAAACAUGGGACAUGACCACCAAUCAAGUAGUAACCCCAUGGCUGUUAAUGCGCUUUAUAAAAAAGCAGCUGAAAUAUAUGGAAAUCAGAACCACUACAGAAGAGAAAAUUCAAGUGACAGCUACAAUUCAAAAGUUUCUCAAGCUUAUGUAGCUCAAGCAGAUCAUACAUGCUUAAAUGCAGAAGACUCAGAAUCUUCUGCAAGGAGCAGCCACAAGUCACAAAACCAGGUCCUAUGCAUAUCCUCACCUGGAGCUAACAGUCAGCAAGAGUGUUUCAGCCACUUAAAGUCCAAUGAUGUUUUUCCCGCAGAUACUGAUGAAACAAUGAUGAGGGGGAAGCCAAAUAUGUCAGGUGAUGCAUUUUCAAGAGGCAGUCCAGCAUCUGACAUAUCUGCUUCAUUUGACUGUCAAAAUACAUCUGAGCCAAAACUUUCAGUUUCUCAUGGGGGCCAUGGGGCUGCCAAUCCAGAAAGAUUUUCCUUUCAAAGCUCUGUACCAGGAGAUUCAAGGCUUGCUAGUUUGGGAAAUGAUCAAAAAGGUCAAACUUGGUGGACACCGUCUUCUUUUGGGAAUUCUUUCUCUCCAUUGCAAGGAACUUCUCUUUCACAAGGUUGCAGUGGUCAUCUUCAUGUGGACAGCCAGCUUGAUGGAAAACACAUAUCUAAUGUGUCUGACACAUCUGAAUCUAUUCGAAGGAAAUUUCCUGGGAUGAAUCAACAAAUAUCCUCAUCUGGUUUUUCCACUACUCAAGAUGGUUAUCCACUAAAGAAUAUCAGUUCUUUUGGCCAUGAAUAUACCAUCGCAAGAGCUUUGCCAGUCACACAGUCGUCAGUUAUACAAGGUAUGUACUGUCCAGGUGAGAAGCCACUUGAUGUAUGGAGGGAUGUGCCAAGUCAGAAGAACAUGAUAGAUCUUUCAUCAUUGGCCGGUCUACCUUCCAGGAUGGGCAAAGACAGUCGUGAUGAGCAAAAUACAUCAAAUAUUCAGACUGUUGAUCUCCAUAAAGGUCAUGAAUCUUCAGACAAAUACCUCACCAUCUCCGCUGAUGCAUCGGCUUCUGCUGGGAGUUAUCAGCGGGGCUAUGUUAAUAGUAGGUUUGCUCAAUCCUCUGCGACAACCUUAAGAGCACUUUCCACCUAUGGCCAAUCCCAGCUAUUACAUAAUGCAGGGCUGCAAUCACUGCAUGAAAGGCAUGAACUGGCCAAAAAUACUGCUGGCAGUCGAUUUGAUUCAUGCUCAUCUGGCAACACCUUCAUCCCUUCUUUGUCACCAGGGCUAAGCAGCAGCAUGAUGGAGAUAUCUUCAGGAACUUCAGCUUUGCAACAUAUAAAUCCUGAUAAGGUGCCAAUCUUUGCCCAGGGUUACUCUAACGGUAACAUUAUCCUGUCUGAUAGAAUUAACCAUAUGCAGAUUGAAUACAUGAAAAAUAGGCAGAUAUUAUCUCUGUGUGAUUCUUCCGCUCAAACUGCCAAUAUGGCAUCUGAGAAUGUACAGUUAAGUGGUACUAUCACAGAUCUUAACGGAAUUCCAGCCAGCAGAAAAUUUGGUAUUCUGCCAAGUCUGGCUAACCAGAUGGUCACCUGUGAACAAUCACUGCCAUCAUCUGUGCGUCAUUUGGAUGCUACUAUAAACCUGGGUGUUAGUAGAAUAAAGAAGCGUAAAACUGCAAUGUAUGAAUGCCUUCCCUGGCACAAGGAGGUGAUGAAAACUUGUCAGGUGCUUCCAGACAUCAGUAAUGCUGAUCAAGAGUGGGCAGAGGUUACAAAUCGACUGAUGGAGAAGGAGUGUGUGGAUAAAGAUGAAAAAUAUGACGAAAUGCGACCUGCUUUACGUGCCAAGAGAAGACUUAUUUCAACUACAAAGCUCAUCCAGCUGGUUUUUCGACCCCCACCAUCAACUGUCCUUUCAGUAGAUGCUAGUGUGGAAUAUGAGAUAGUGACAUACUCUACUACCAAGUUAGCUUUAUCUGAUGCAUGCAGUUUGGCCAAUAGAACAUGGAUUGAUUGUAACACGUCUCAAGAAUUUGUUAACAUCAUUGCUGCCAGGAACAGAAAUGGUAGGAUGGCUGAUUGCCUUUCUGACAAAGCUACUGAACUAUUUAAGCGCACCAAAGAGUUGGAAACUCAUAUGGAGAGAUUGAUCAAGGGUAUCUCAGUUGUGGAUAUCCUGGUACAGUGCCAGGAGCUGGAGAAGUUUUGCCACACUAACCAUUAUGCAAGAUACCAUAGUCGUGUACCAGACCCAGUGGCAGCUAAUUCAGAAUCUUCCCCAAGUGUGGCAUCUAUCAAACCAUUCCUUCAGAGAUAUGUUAGUGCAGUUCACUUACCCCUGAAAUUACCAGAAGGGGUACAAUGUCUUCCACUUUGAUACAAGUUUUUACUCACUCAUUCGCCCUCGGUAUAUAAUUUCUAUCCUGUCAAGCCUUCUCAUAAUCAUGGUUGACAUUGUAAUGUCCUUGACUCCUUGCACUUAUAAAGAAAAUCUAGGAGACCAACUCAAGAAAAAUGCUUGGAUCCAUGAGUUACUUCAUAUAAACAAGGAAUGUGCUGCCCUUUUGGAGACCGGUCGUCAAUUUUUGACAGUAUAUAUGUCUUAUGUAUAUCUUUUUAAUUUGUAGAAACUAGGAAGAACUCAGAUGUAACCUCGUCUUUUGUCACAAGUACGGAUGUUAUAAACUCAGCUCUGUCUAGAUCUUCCAAAGGUAACUUAAAACUAUGUAAAGUUAUUUAUGUCAUCAGUAUCUUCAUAAUCA